AUGUCACGAUCUUCGAAUCCUAUUCCGGCAACACCGAGAGUAAUCUCGCCGUCUCCAACACCAUCCGAGUCUCGAGACACGUCGCAAGAUGGAUACUUCGGCCCAGUUACGCGCUCCGCAAAGAAGAAGGCGGCAUCUACACCAGAGCCCAUAGACGAAGAUUUGGACGAGGAUGACGAACCUAGCGAUGAACUGAGAAGGGCGCGGUCGAAAAGCAGAAGUCCCAUGAGGGCUCGAAAGAUCUCGGGGCUCACGGCUGCAAAAUCAUCAAAGCCAACUCCAGUUCAGAAGUCGGUGCCGUUGACGAACGGGAAUGGACACGCGAAAGAAUCCAACGGCCACUUGUCGCCAACAAGUGCUAGCGCGGGUUGGAGUUGGAGGGACUUUAGUCGAAGCCCUAGUCCGCUGGGCCUGAUUCCUAUACACAGGCAAUGGAGGUCGUUCGUGCAUCGACACGAGGUUCCACGGAAAGUGUUGCACGUAUCUAUCGGGUUUUUUGUUAUCUGGGCAUACCUACACGGCCUGCAGACAUCCGACAUCACUCCGUGGCUGAUGGGUGCCCUGAUUCCCAUCGCUACCGUGGACUACGUUAGGCAUAAAUACGCGCCAUUCAAUCGAUUUUAUGUCCGAGUGAUGGGGGCUCUAAUGCGGGAAACCGAAUAUGAAGGAUGGAACGGUGUCAUCUGGUACCUCCUCGGAGCGUGGAUCGUGCUGGGGUUUUUUCCGAAGGACAUUGGUGUGAUGGGUGUCCUGCUGCUGAGUUGGUGUGAUACUGCCGCGAGCACGGUGGGACGGUUAUAUGGCCGUUACACGCCUCGCAUCAGACGCGGUAAAUCGCUCGCAGGGUCUUCGGCUGCCUUUCUCGUGGGUGUCCUGACGGCAUUCGGCUUCUGGGGGUACUUAGCCUCUCACAACGGCACUUUCCCCGAAGACGUCAACUGGCCGUUCAUGUUCACUGGCAGCCUGUCACUUCCAGCCGCUAUUCGCAAUAUGAUCGGAUUCACCGAAUCUCAAGCAACUAUCGGGGGCAGCUUAGCACUGGGAAUCAUGAGUCUCUGGACGGGAUUUGCGGCGUCGGCAAGCGAGGUGGUGGACAUCUUUGGAUGGGAUGAUAAUCUCACCAUCCCAGUGUUAAGUGGACUCGGGAUGUGGGGGUUUCUCAAGGUUUUUGGUUAG